AUGGUCUUGCACACGAAGCGCGGCCGCGCGAUCGCGAUCGCGGUGUCGAAGACGCCGCGGGAGACGUUCGCGGUGACGGCGACGCUCGAGCGGGACGGGACGCGGGCGACGACGCCGACGCGGGAAAGCUUGGCGGCGCUGAAGAUGCACUUUGGACUGACGAGAGAGUCCGUGCGGGAGUGGAUGUGCUUGGAAGAUUUGCCGGAGGGCGCGGUGUACGAUGAGAAGACGGAGGCGACGAGGAUUGGGUUCGACGCGGAGACGCGGUCGGCGACGGUGGAGGUGCCCGAGUACGCGGCGCCGGCGAGUCUAGAUUUCGUGCUUUACGACGAACGCACGCGCACGUACGACGAACCGAGCGGUGGGUGGGGUGGAUCGGCGUUUUCGGUGCCGAUCGGGAUCGGGUGUGGACACGCACGCGAGCUCGGGGCGUCGGUGCUGACGCGAGACGAAGCCGCGGGAUCGGGCGAGUUCAACGUCGCCGUGCUUUCGCGUCACGCCACCGCGUGCACGCUCGUGCUUCAGUACGGGGAGAACACGCUAGAGCUGGCGUUGAAUUCGAUCUCACAUCGCACCGGGAACGUGUGGCACGUGAGUGUGCCUUUCGGUGGACCGAGCGACGUUUUACACGCGCCGACUCGGGAGGACGACGUGACGUACGGCUUUCGGUUUGAGGGCGACCCCGAAGGGCGCGCGGGGUCGCGUUUUUUUCCGGCGCAAGUCCUUUUUGAUCCACGCGCGCUCGAAGUUGUGCGUCCUCUGAACGAGAUGGACGAGCCAACGCCGACGCCGCGCUACAUGGGAUCGCUCGCCGCCGUUUUAGAGCGACGCGCCGUGGGCGACGCGAACCUCGCGCCCGCGGCCUCGGAUGCGCAAGCGAUCGCGUUGAACGUCGACUUGGCGUCAUUAACCGCGGAAGGGACGCUUCAAGCGGCGGCAGCUGAGCUUCAGCGCUUGCGAUCGACCAUGCACUUCACCGCCGUCGCGCUCGCGCCGAUUCAGACGCGCUCGGCGGAUGGAGACGCAAACGCGCCGGUGAGCUUUUUCGCCAUCGAUCCGAAGUUUGGCACGCGCGCCGAUCUUCGUGCUUUUGUGGCGACGAUGAAGUCUAUCGGCGUGGAUGUGUGGAUGCGAUUCGUGCUGACGCAGACGGGUGAGGGCACGGAUGCGUCGCCGCGUAGCGAAAGUCUUCGUGGCAUCGACGCCGCGACGUACUUCCAGCUCGGUUCUAGCGGUGGCUUAGACUCUGCUGGUGUGCCCAUGACGACGGCACUGAACCCUUGCUCGGCACCGACGAUCUCUCUACUAGUCGACGCGCUUCGAACGUUCACAUUAUACGACGGUGUGUCGAGUUUCAUAAUAGAAACUGGCGGCGGCAUCGUGCGAGGACCGCUCGGCCGCUCGCCACUUUUGGAAACGCUCGCGUACGACGCCGUGAUCGGGAACGCCCCAAAAAAGCUGUAUCUCACGCCGAGCGCAGAUGAAUGUGGAGCGAUGCCUUCGUGGGGUGUCAUCGGCGAGAUCAAUGCAAAAUACUCUCAAGGCGUCGAAAACUUUUUCCGCGGCGCGCCAGGUAUGUUGAACGAAAUGGCGCUCCGUCUCGGUGGCUCACCGGACAUUUUCCGGAGUAAUCGUGACGCGCGAUACGGAUUGAACAAUUUUUUAAGGCCCGCGCCGAGCUGUUCGAUUCCGCCGACGUGUGCGAUUCCAAAAACCACCACCGCGGAUCCGACGGAGACGAGCGAUCCGAUCGCUCGAGCCGAGCUCGCCGCACUGUUCACCUCCACCGGCGGCAUCCUCAUCAACGUCCACGCCCUCAACCCUACGCUUCAGCCGCUUGCGUCACAGCUCUCGCAAUUCCGCGCGAGCCGAAUCGACCUCUUCACCGACGAAUUCGCCUUUGACGGCGUACGAUGGAUCGACCCGUUCACCGGCGCCGCGCCGUCUUUCGACGACGUUUCCGCCGCGCCGUGCUUAACCUGUCUCCGUCGCGAUCUCACCGGCCGCAAUCGCGACGUUUGGAUCGCUUACAACGGUUCCAUCGCCGCCUUCUCCACCAACCUCCCGUCUCCAUCGCCGGGCUUCCGAUGGAUUCGCCGUUUCGACACCUCCCUCGCCGCGAGCGACGCCGCCGAGCCGACGCCGCUCGUCGCGCAGUCGUACUCCGUCGCUCCCGCGUCGGUAUCCGUGUGCGAGCUCGUCGAGCUCGCCAAGGCUUAGCCGCGCGCCGCGCGCGCGCGCGUCACCGCCUCUUCGCGCGAGGUUUUGUUUUAGUAACGCCCGCUCGCGCCCCAGCCAUCAAAAAAAUCUCAGCGAAAGAAAGAUC